CGGGGCGCCGGGGCACCUGGAGACCCGGAGGAGAGGCGACCCGGGCCCACCCAGCCCGGCCGUCCGGCCCGCCGAUGACCUCUCCCGGGGCCAUGGAUUGUUUCCAAACUUCACGAAGCAAUUCCUGGAUUUAUCCAACGGUGAUCCUCUGCCUAUUUGGCUUCUUCUCCAUGAUGAGGCCUUCAGAGCCAUUCUUGAUCCCGUAUCUGGCUGGACCAAGUAAAAACCUGACCAGCACCGAGAUCACGAACGAGGUCCUCCCUGUUUGGACCUACUCCUACCUGGCACUGCUCCUCCCUGUGUUCAUCCUCACGGAUUACGCCCGCUACAAGCCGGUCAUCAUCAUUCAAGGGGUGAGCUUCGUGGCCACCUGGCUGUUGCUUUUGUUUGGCCAAGGAGUGAAGGUCAUGAAGGUUACGGAGUUUGUCUUUGGGAUAGUCUCUGCCACCGAGGUAGCCUACUACUCCUACAUCUACAGCGUGGUCAGCCCGGAGCACUACCAGAAGGUGAGCGGCUACUGUCGGAGUGUCACGCUGGUGGCCUACACCGCAGCCUCGGUGCUGGCCCAGCUCUUGGUGUCCCUGGCAAACGUGUCGUACUUUUACCUCAAUGUCAUCUCCCUGGCCUCUGUCUCCAUGGCCCUCUUAGUCUCCCUUUUUCUACCGAUGCCCAAGAAGAGCAUGUUUUUCCACGCAACACCCAACAAAGAAGCUCUGGAAAAGCCAUCAGGACAGGACGCCGUCCUCGAGGGGGGUCACGGGGACCGCAAGGCACCGCACCAGGAGCCGCUCCCCACGGCCGGUUAUCAGGAGAGCAGCCAGCGGAGCAACCCGGAGCCCGGAAAGGUGGUCUUGAGAAGCCUGACGCAGUGGUUCCAGGAUCUGAAGGAAUGCUACUCCUCCAAGCGCCUUUUCUACUGGUCCCUGUGGUGGGCUCUGUCCACAGCGGGUUUUAACCAGAUUUUGAACUAUGUUCAACUCCUGUGGGAUGACAAGGCCCCAUCUCACAACUCUUCCAUCUACAACGGGGCGGUGGAAGCUAUCGCCACGUUUGGAGGUUCCGUGGCUGCCUUCGCAGUGGGGUACCUGGACGUCAACUGGGAUCUCCUGGGAGAGCUGGCUCUGGCCACCUUCUCAGUUGUCAACGCAGGCGCUCUGUUUCUCAUGCAUUACACACUCAGCAUCUGGCUGUGCUAUGUCGGCUAUUUGGUAUUCAAGUCCAGCUACAUGCUUCUUAUAACCAUUGCUGUAUUUCAGAUUGCCAUCAACCUCAGUGUGGAACGCUAUGCCCUGGUGUUUGGAAUAAACACCUUUCUCGCCUUGGUGAUUCAAACCAUCAUGACUGUGAUUGUAGUCGACCAGAGAGGGCUCAACCUGCCUGUUGGCACUCAGUUUUUAGUUUACGGGAGUUAUUUUGCCGUCAUCGCUGGCAUUUUCCUGAUGAGGAGCAUGUACGUUCUCUACACCGCCAGACGGCAAAAGGAAGCCCAAAGCCUGGCCACAGCUCAGAGCCCCGCUGAGCCGCACUCAAAGGAGUCCAGUCACACCUUGUCCACGAAGCUCUGACCCAGCCCCGUCAAGCACAGUGCUUUGCGGAGUCAUGGGAUGGGAGGGCAAGACCUGAGACGGACAGCGUGACCUGCUCACUCUGCAAGUCGUUUCCAAUGACCUUCGCAAAGCCACAACCAAACAUCUGCCCUCAACCUGAUGGCUGUGUACCCACCAGAGGAGUCACUAGGGCCCAUCUCAUUUAAACGACCCACGUGGGGACCCCCACAAACAACGGUUGGCUGGAAAAUUCUAGUUCUGAUCACUUAAAAGAACAAGCAAAUAGCAAAGACAACCACCCACCAGCCAACGCCAGCCAUGCUGCAGUUCUGUUCUCUACUAGUGAACAGAGGAUGUUCUAGGAUCUAUAUAGGCUUUAUCACGAGUGCCACCCCUCUUACUCUUCUGGUGGGUGUGUUCCCACUGCAGCUCACAGUUCCCUGAGAGGAUGGCAAGCUUUGGCCCCAUUUCCUGGGGUCCCUUUCAUCCUAAUUGCACUGUUAGAUGCCAAGCUAUGAUUUGAUCAUCUGAUCGCGUUUUGGGGGGAAAGCUUUUCACCCUUUACUGUGGUGUUGAAACUCUACUUCAGGAAUGGCUCCAGGUGCUCCUGUGUAUCUGUCAUUCACACCCUGGUGGACUGAGAGAGGCCGUGGGCUUCUCCCCUCCGUGGCCCCAAAGGGGCAUUGGAACGCUGUGUCUGUCUGAUAUCUUAAAAAACAAACAAACAACACUGUAGAAGGUAUUUCCAGAAUGUUUAACAGUGUUUAUGAAAAAACACAGGAUUAAAUCCGGUUUUUGGGU